AUGCAGAAAGAGGCUUACAGUGUAACUGAGGGAGGUGGGGUGCACUGUGGGAAGGUAUUGAGAACCUGUUCUAUGCCUGGAAGAGUUCGAAGUUCUAAGAAUAAAUUGGUAAACAAAGCUAGUAAAGUCUCUUGCUCUCGUGGGGCUUACAAAUCUACUUUUUACAGUGAAUGGGAUGAUUUAUCAGGCAGACCAGCUCUGUCAAGGGCUGAUGUGGUCUGGCUUUGGGCAUCCUUCCAGCAGGUCCAUGAAGGGCUUCGUUUGGCUCCUGUGGGCAUCCAUCUUCUGUCAGUUUCUCCUGAAGUGCCUGAUCGGGAAUUGGUCAUCAAGCACAAGUAUCUGACAACAAGCAGCAAUAGAAAUUUCCUGCUUACCAUGAGACCAUUUUUAAAAAGGGCUGUUUUGGUCAUAAGUUAUGUGAUUGUCAUUUUGUACUUCCGUCUGUGGAUAAUGGGAGGAUCCAUGCCCCUCUUUUCGGAGCAGGAUAAUCCAGCUUCAUUUUCGCCUUAUUUUCUUACAAGAUUCCUUACUUACUCCUACCUCCUGGCCUUCAACGUGUGGCUUCUGCUUGCGCCUGUUACCCUGUGCUAUGACUGGCAGGUGGGCAGUAUUCCUCUGGUAGAGACCAUCUGGGACAUGAGGAACUUAGCCACUGUCCUUCUGGCAGUUGUGAUGGCCCUGUUGAGCCUGCACUGCCUAACAGCCUUCAAGAGACUGGAGCACAAGGAAGUUUUAGUGGGCUUGCUGUUCCUGGUGUUCCCGUUCAUUCCAGCCAGCAACCUCUUCUUCAGGGUGGGUUUUGUGGUGGCCGAGAGAGUCCUUUACACACCUAGCAUGGGCUACUGCAUCCUUUUUGUGCAUGGGUUGAGCAAGCUCUGCACUUGGCUAAAUCGAUGUGGGGCCACCACCCUGAUUGUGUCCACGGUGUUGCUGCUGUUGCUUUUCUCUUGGAAAACUGUGAAACAGAAUGAAAUUUGGCUGUCAAGAGAGUCCUUAUUCAGAUCUGGAGUUCAGACUCUGCCCCAUAAUGCCAAGGUUCAUUACAACUACGCCAACUUCCUAAAGGACCAAGGUCGGAACAGGGAAGCCAUCUACCACUACAGAACAGCCCUCAAAUUGUAUCCACGGCAUGCAAGCGCCCUGAACAACCUUGGAACACUGACAAGAGACACUGCAGAGGCAAAGAUGUACUAUCAGAGAGCUCUCCAGCUCCAUCCGCAACACAACCGGGCUCUCUUCAAUCUUGGGAAUCUCCUUAAGUCCCAGGAGAAGAAAGAAGAAGCUAUCACUCUUCUGAAGGAUUCCAUUAAAUAUGGCCCAGAGUUUGCAGAUGCAUAUUCAAGCUUAGCUUCAUUAUUGGCUGAGCAGGAAAGAUUUAAGGAAGCUGAAGAAAUAUACCAGGCAGGAAUAAAGAACUGUCCAGACAGCUCAGAUUUACACAACAACUAUGGAGUUUUCUUAGUUGAUUCUGGCUCUCCAGAGAAAGCAGUGGCCCAUUACCAACAGGCCAUUAGACUCAGCCCAAGUCAUCACGUGGCCAUGGUGAACCUGGGCAGACUCUACCGGUCCCUGGGGGAGAACAGCAUGGCCGAAGAAUGGUACAAACGUGCCCUGCAGGUGGCACGCAAAGCUGAGAUAUUGUCACCUCUGGGAGCACUGUAUUACAACACUGGCCGCUAUGAAGAGGCUUUGCAGAUUUACCGGGAAGCUGCAGCACUUCAGCCUUCACAGAGGGAGCUCCGCCUGGCACUGGCUCAGGUUUUGGCUGUGAUGGGUCAGACGAAAGAAGCUGAGAAGAUGACCAGUCACAUUGUGUCAGAGGAGACUGGAUGCCUCGAAUGUUACCGCCUCUUGUCAGCAAUCUAUAGCAAGCAGGAGCACCAUGACAAGGCACUUGAUGCUAUAGACAAGGCUCUCCAGCUGAAACCAAAGGACCCAAAAGUUGUAUCUGAACUUUAUUUCACAAAAGGAAACCAACUAAGAGAGCAGAACCUUCUUGACAAAGCUUUUGAGAGCUAUAAGGCAGCUGUAGCACUAAAUCCAGAUCAAGCACAGGCCUGGAUGAACAUGGGUGGAAUUCAGCACAUCAAGGGAAACUAUGUGUCUGCAAGAGAGUAUUAUGAGAGAGCUUUACAGCUGGUUCCAGACAGCAAACUGCUGAAGGAAAAUCUCGCCAAAUUGGAUCGCCUAGAGAAACGAUUACAAGAAGUUCGAGAAAAGGAUCGAACGUAGCACUGUUAAACCCAUCUCAUGGGACAAUGCUGGUGCCCCUGGAAGAGGACAAGUGAUGGGGACCUUGCUUUCACAUCCAUGGGGGCACAACCAGUCGUGCAUUCCUCUCAAGACUCUGAGUUUGGGGUGGCAGACCUUGGGGUGUCUGCUAGUAGCCCUGUGCUGAAGGACUUGCAUUUCCAUGAGGAAAAAGACAAAAUCAGCAAGCCAGGCAGGAUGAUCUGAGAGGAAAGGAAAACAGCAGCUACACAUUUUACAGAUUUUUGUUUGGUUUAACUCCCGAUUUCCCUUAAUACAUUUCUGUGCUUUUGCAACCCGGAGAUCUAAUUCACUUUCAUAGUUUAGACAUUCGUGUCCCCCGAAAUUACAGAGGCUCGAAAUGCUAUAAAGGCGGAGCAUCCAUUCUUCAUGGGAUGAGCUAUUUCAAAGAGGAUAAAUCCUCUGGUGUAAGCCAUUUGGAAAAGUCUACCAAGUGGAAGCUCAGUUAAUUCUCCAGACCCUGAAAUGAGUAUGUAAUAGCUUUUGUAGAACCUUGUAGAAUAUAUGGGGAAAAGGGCUAUUGUAAAGUGAGCUUUAUCUAAUAUCCCCCUAAGGAUAUUACCAGAGAUAUUUUGAGGAGUAAAUUCAAUUCCACUCUGAGGCAAGUUUUUCCAUUGCCUAAUAUAUCAAAAGGGAAGCUUCUAGAAUUGUAUAUGGGUAUCUUUAUCCCUACAGGAAAAUCAAGGAAAAUGAUGCCCCUAAUUCUUUAUGGAAAUGUUUAAAAUUAUUUUAAUUUUAUUACUAGAGUAGUAGUUCUUUCUACUCCAAGAUUUCAAAAGUGCAUUUAAAAUCUCAAACGUCCCACCUUCAAAUAUAUUGUUAUUUUGGUGGAGAAAAAAAUAGUAUAUUCUACAUAGAAAAUAUUAAAGAUAUUAACUGAGAGAAAUGUCCUACUUUAUUAUUGUAAUGUUCAGACAUCUUAAGAUUUAUUAUUUUUUUGGAAAGUAUAUUUAACCAUUGAAAAAUAUUUACAAUAUAUAACAGAAAUCUUCAUAGACUCUAACUAGAUGGAAAAAUAACUAUUUAUUUGUCUUCCUAGUCUUCAUUGGGAAUUCUGUGCUUAAAACAUGAAUGACUGAAACCCAAACUUUGUCUUAUACUUGUAAUUUUGAAGAUUUCAUGGAGAAUACUCAAAAAAUCUAGGGGAAAGUCUAAACUUAAAAUUUUAAAAAUAUAUAUAUUUAUAUUUAAA